AUGUCCUUCAUCCGAGCCUCUCCCGUGUUGCUCGUAUGCCUGCUCUUUCUACUACCUCAGGUCCACGCCUUUGGUGCUGGUAAUAUUGCCUCGAUCUCUGCCGUCGAGGGUCAGAACUGGCGCCAUGGAGAUAUCGAGGAUAUGCUUAAGAACAUCGCGUUCAUCGCCGGGCAUAAAUGGACAUCGACUCAGAUCAAGCGCGUCUACUUUGGAAAUUGGCUGCGUGACUAUUCACAGGCUAUGGAUGUCGGGACUCUUAAGUCUCUUCAAGCUGAAACAAUCCGCAUCUUGGUGUGGGUCCUGUCAUUCUUGAACUUCGGCUAUGCGACUGGAGAAUUUGAGGUUACCUCGGAGCGCCUGGGAGUUUACCGGCCAGAAGAGCAUAUUGACAACCCUAAAGAUUAUGCCGAUAACCUAGAUGCCCGCCAGUAUGAUAGUCGUCUGCGACCCCCGGUCCGUCAAAUUGAGCUCGAUAUUGACCAUGAGACUGGAAUGAAAAACUACAUCGCCAAUGAAAAAGGUGACUGGGCAACCAGUUCCGCCUAUGUCAAGUUUAGUCUUUGCCGGAGCAUCCACUAUGGACGUAUGUACCUACACGGCGGGGAGCGCAAGGGCAACGAAGAAGACUUAUGUGAAGCCCUUCGCUGUCUUGGCCAGGGUCUCCAUACACUCGAAGAUUUCGCAGCCCAUACAAACUACUGCGAACUUGUGCUACGUGAAUUGGGCUUCCACAACGUCUUCCCCACACACAGGAACUGCCACACAAAUCAACUACUUGGAGAGGCAACCGAUCAUUUCACUCAGUCCGAAGUCAACGAGAUGGAUAUUGCUCUUGGAAAUGCGGAGAACAACUCUCACUCUAGCAACCCUCUCGGUGCACUCACCGGGCUUCUGGGCAAGAUACCUGGAACGAGAGAGCUGGUCUCUGAGGCUGAGCACCUGAAGCAGACUUCAGAAGUGCAGGAGACGGCUAAUCGUUCCCGAGGAUCACACAUGGGCUAUGCUCGUGGUUUCGAGCAGGACCGUGCAGAGCCUUCUUCAACCAGGCCAGGCACAGGACUCCAAGGCAUGCCAGAUUUCAAUCCACAGGAAACAGUAGCCAAGAUUUAUCCAAUCCUAGCUUUCCGUGACAAGGUGGUUCGGAAACUCAACUCGAUUAUCGAAAAAAUCCCCGGCUUGGAGGCCAUUAUGGAGAAGAUCUCGGAGACACUGACGGUGUUCAUCAUGUCCCUUCUUGCCCCAUUCAUCCGCCCUCUGAUCAGCGCGGCGUCUAAAUCCCUGCAGACAGGAUCGGCUGGCGUCAUUGAUGCCUCAGGAAAGCACCAGUACGAACCGUGGACCGAUCCCCACUGCACGGAUCCUACACACUCCAUGCUCUCCAAGGAUCACUUCGCCAACAUUCUGAACGAGCCCGCCGGCCGAGUGGCAUCUUCCAUCUUGCAAUACGUCGCACCCCGCGUUCUAUAUGCGUGGCAGCACAUCGAAGUUUCCGAGCACGAGGUAAUGAACGACUGCAUGCAUGUCUUCCACAACCCCGCUGUCCGGAAUAUGCACAACGAAGUUCACCGCAAUAUGUUCGAAGCCGUUGAGAAAUGGGCCCAUGCCCGCCCCGACCACGGCCAUUCCUUCAAUGACGUCCUCAGCGCCGAGGGAGUCAGAGCAGGCCGUAACACCGGCGGUGUACCCCAUACCCAUGGCGGUGGUCAAGGUGGCUUUGCUGCGCUGGGAGGUGGUGCCCAUGGCCAUCAGGGACAAGGACACUCCCAAUCUCAAUCCCAUGGACUGGGAUCAUUCUUCUCUGGAGGCCAACAGCAGAAUCACUCGUCGCAAUCGCACCACUCAUCUGGUAUGCCUUGGGAUAAUCUCUCCAGCCUGCCCAUCCCCGGCAUCAAUAGGCUUGAGAGCACCAUUAACAGCUUUAUUCCCGGUGGCCUUUUGCACGGUUCGUCCAGGGAGGUUGAUGAGAGUGAGGGAAGGACUGGAAAUGAUGGCUAUGAACAGGGCCAUCAUCAUUCACACUCACAUGACCAAACUGGCCAUGGCAGAUAUCAAUAUUAA